AUGCAGUCGACAGGUUCCGUGCUCUCGUUGCGUCGACCAGCACCGGGUGUGCCGAUACCCAGCCAGUUCUACCCGGGGCCAAAAAGUUCGGUACGAGACCAGGUUCUAGCUGCCCUCCGCGAUCCAUCUUUCAGCUUCGAAGACGAAACCACCACCGCACCGAGCGACAUAGAUGCGGAGGGGCGCACCGAAACAUCCCGCAUUGCCGCACCGCACAUCGGCCGACCACCCCAGGCGUAUGGCUCCGAAUCGGAGGAGGAGAACGAACGCGGCUCACUAGUCUCCUCGCUAGACAUUCUUGCCACCGUUGUGACCACGGACGGGGACUGUCGGCAUCUCCCAUCGGACUUGAAGCUAUUAUCCAUAUAUAGCAGACCCGACAUGGGCGGCCAGACACUGGAUAACCGCAUAACGCAGUACUUUGGUAGGUCAGCCCAUCCUCCUGACUGGCAGGUGCUAGCCACCCAGCCCAGCGGUGGAGUCUUUCGACUCGAGCCAUCGGCCUGUGAUCCGCUGACGGCCCGCUUCAUCGACCAAAGCGAUGUUGAACUGUACUUCAAAUUAUUCUACAAAAUACGCAACCCCCUCCUGGGCUUGCUCGAUGCUGCUCUAUAUACGCCCGAAUACGUUUACGCCUCCUCAUUCACCCUAUUCUCCGUCAUUUGUGCCCUCGGGUGCGCCCUCUCCACGCGGCCCCGCGACCGCAUCCUCUAUCCUACUCUGCUGUCCCUGGCAGAAGGGACCGUGAAGUGGUCCAUCGCCACUUCAGUUAGAUCCGUAGAGGCCAUCCAAUCUAUUAUCAAUCUCCUCUAUUGGGCCCCUGCCAACCAGAAACAUCGGGACGAUCCAUAUUGGCUACAUCUUAGCCACGCCACCCAGCUAGCUCGGGAAAUAGGGCUACACAGGCCAAGAUGCGUGGCAGACCACGUCAACGAGCUGUUUCCCAAUGGCCCCAACCACGUUAAAGAACGCUAUACCAGAAACUGUGAGCGCACAUGGCUGUAUACAUAUAUCGCCGACAAAAGCUUCGGCAUCAUCACUGGUCGUAAGGCCCUGAUUUCCUACAAGGAGGUUCCCCCGUGCUUUACACAUUGGUGGAGUGACCCUGCAGCAGUCUCUACUGAUCGUUUGGUCUGUGGUAUCUUUGAGACCAGGCGAAUGCUAUUCGAACAGCUAGAUAAGCGAAAGCGUAUGCAGAAAGCCCCAGCCUCAGUCAUGAGCUGGCAUGCCGAUGCUUUUGCGGCCCUGGACAGGCUCCACUCAACCCGACACACCCCUGAUGGUCUACCCUCCGCAUCGCUAUUCCCCGUGCUCGGCUUCUACCAGGACCAUAGUAUUCUGAUCCUGAACGCUCAGGCCUCUCGUGACCUCAUCGUAGUGCAGAAUAAAACGGCCGUUAGACGCGGGAGCGAAAUGUCCGAGGACGUAGAAAAAGCAAUCUCGAAACUGCGCGCCCUCCCCGGGCACUUGGAACGAAUUGCGCGAGACCUGCCGCAAAGCUCGCAGGCCCACGUGUCGGCCACCGUCUGCCACUUCUUCGCCGAUCAGCUUGAUAAAGGCCCGCUUGCGGGACGGAACCGCGCCGGAAUCCCCGACUGUGGCGGCGGGUCGCAGCCGGGGAGGAAUCUGGCUCUUCCGGCGGACUCUCUCGACCCCGCCAUUUGGCUGGACAUGGGGUUCUUGGGCGCGGACCAGACUGGGUUUGGGAGCUAUACUCUUGACGAAGCGCUCGCGAAUGAUUGCGGGGCAAGUGAUUUCAUGUCGUAUUAA